AAUGGGUGAUUUAUUUCAAAUGGCAGGCAUCAUGAUACCACCUGGUCAAGUGCUUCUAACUAGCGUGACCCAAUCACAUUACGGUAAUGCCCGUAUGAUAAACUGUAUCGAAAAAUGUGGGGACAUCUCUACAUGUCACAGUAUAAAUUGGUACAGAGAUCUGGGCUUGUGUCAGCUGAACAAUGACACUCAUCUGUCUUAUCCUGAGGGUGUUGUCUCAAGCUCAACUGGAAACUACAUGAUUUAUGGAAUUCACCCUAUGAAAACAUGUAGCAACCAGAUAUGUGAAGAACCAAGAGUUUGUUUGAUGGAGGAAGAUGGGCUUCACUUUAAAUGCAAAGAUAAUUGUACUUCAGCAUUGGGAAUGCAAGAUGGCCGCAUUAGAGAUUCUCAGAUUAGCGCAUCUUCAUCGUAUAGAUACGACCACGUACCUCAAAAUGGUCGUUUGCACUCGAGUGUCGGGCAAGGAAUUUGGGCUCCGGCAUCCUUAAGUCUUCCACAAUAUCUUCAGAUCGACAUAGUCAAGUCACAUAUAAUAAGCCURGUUGCCACACAAGGACGAGAAAACCUUGUUUCUCAGUGGGUGACGAAGUAUUACCUCAUGUUUUCCCAAGAUGCUCUUGAAUGGGAAGCAUACAAAUAUGGAGGUAGUUUGAAGGUAUGGACAACAACUCUUAGAGUAUGGACAAAAUCGUAG